AUGUCGAGGAAUUCGUUUGAAAACCACGGUGGACGCGAGGAGAAGGCGCCGCUGUACGCACUUUCACAGCUCAUCAUUCCAGAACCCGACGCUCCUCCGGCCGGUAUUCGCGAGUUCCUGACUGAAGUUCUUUCAGUCUCGCGUGGACUCUCGCGCGAACAUGCAAGCGCCAUAGCAGACAAGUGGAAGCUUGGCACUGGACGCGAAAUGCGCGACUACCCUCCAAAGAUGUAUCUCGAGAUAUUCGGUCCGGAAGAAGGAUGGUGUGUGUAUAGAGAAGUCAAAACCAGACUCCUCAACCAGAAAGACCAACGUGCAUUACCUCGUGAAAGUCGCACUUUCCUAACCUACUAUCUGAUUCCCACGUUCUGGUCGUCGCCACGUGCGCUACCUCUGCGGGCGAUGGGUUUUGUAGCAUUCUCUUUGUUUGGUGGUGGCGGCUUGAUCUGUUGGACAGCGGCCGUUUCAUCACCACCCACUGUUGAUGAGCAGGUCGAGCAGGAACUUAUGAAGGCGUUCGUGGGAGAAAAUCCAACUUCCAAGAAACAGCAGAGCUUGAAGUAG